ACAGAACUCUGGUCAUUGUGAUAAAUUUCUCGACAUAUCGUAGUUGUUUCCAAUCCACGGACACGAAAACUGAUUAAGAUGCGAGGCAUAGUUUCAAUAAUUUUGGUAGUACUUUUGUGCUACGAGGGCAAAGCCCUAGAAUGUACAAUCCCUAAUGAACAACGAGUGCGUUUUUUCGAUUCGAUAAUUCACUAUCAGGGAAAUCGCAUCCCUUUUAGUCCUGCGACGCCAGGAUGGCAAGGCUCUAGUGUUGAAUUCACAUUCAACACAAUAAAUAAACUCACGAAAAAUAUGUUUGUUACUUAUGAUUCUGAAGCAAUAAUUUCGCUAAAAUUGAGCGGAAAACAGAUCAAAGAAGUCGAAAACGGGGCCUUUGUGUCACUUUUGUGCCUCCAAGAGCUUCUCUUGGACCACAAUAAUAUCACAAAGUUGGAAAAAAAUAUUUUUAUCGAUUUGGAACGUCUAGAGAAGCUUGAUUUGAGCAAUAAUCGAAUCGAAGUCAUCGAGGAUUUUGUCUUUUCCAAUUUGGCAAGCCUGAAAAUCUUGAAUUUGGGGAAUAACCAGAUCGAGAAAUUACAAAACCUGGCGUUUGCCAACCUCACAAAUUUGGAAUAUUUGAAUUUGGAACGCAACGAAAUUGGCAAAAUCGCGUCUGAUCUGUUUUUGCCUUUGGCCAAUUUGAAUAAUCUGACUUUGGCGUGGAAUAUGUUGAAUGUUGAGCCGGAGAAAUGGCACGGUUUGGCCCAAUUGAGAUUUCUUGAUUUGGCUGCGAACAAUUUGGACCAUUUUGAUGCGAGUUACAAUUUAACUUUUUUCAAUUUGAGGAGUUUGAAUCUAAGUUUGAAUUCUUUGACUCAGUUGAACGUUGUUGAAAUCAAGCGACAUUUGCCCCAUUUGGAGUUGAUCGAUUUGAAUGGAAAUCCGUGGUUUUGUGACGAUUUGACUCGAAUUAUCCACGAAUUGAACGAUUCGAGGAUUAAAUUUGCGGCGAGGAAUUACACGAGUGUGGCUGUGCAUGGGAUUGGGUGCAGUGAAGUACCGGGAUAUUCGACCAGGGGUACCACCACUCAAAUUGUUACUACUACGAAAAAAUCGGAGGAAGUUUGGGUGCAAAAGGACGAACUUGAGCGAUAUGUCGAGAGGAAAAUCGAGAAUAAUAAUGACAAAAUCGAGAGUUCGAUUGCGACGUUGCGGAGUUUUGUUAUUUUUGUUUUUGCGCUCGUUUGUCUUUUUAUCUUGUUUGAAAUUAUAGUACGGCUUGAUUGUUGCCGGAGUGUUAUCAGUAGGCUCCGGGGAGGCAAUGAACUGUAUUAUGAUAACAAUGACGUAGAAAAUUUUAGACUGUUGGGAAGAUAAUUCGUUUCAAUUAUUAUACCUGUGAUAUUUUAUUUUUGUACCCUUUUUAUAUAAAUAAAUAAGUAAAUAAAUAGAAUUAAAACUUUUA